CCAGAGCAAUUCUUCUCUGAUGAUGAGUAUGUGUUGGCAGACGCGGGGUACAAGGCUAUGAACUAUAUUGUUCCAAUCAAAAAGAAACCAAAGAACAGUGAACUCUCAUUAGCAGACCAAGAGUUCAACACCAAGAUCUCGAGCAUGCAAAUAAAAAUUGUGCAUGAAUUUGGAAUCUUGAAAGAGAGAUUCUACUCUCUCAAAUCAAUCUCUGUAAGAAUAAAAAGAAAGGAAGACAUUGUAAAAGUUAACACAUGGAUUCAGGUUUGCGUAGACUUGAACAAUUUCCUGAUA